AUGCUAAUUUUUAGCAAUCAUGCGGAAGCCAGCUAUGAUAAAGGUUUAGCAAAUGAGGAAAAAAUUGCAAAUUUGGAACACAAAGUAGGAGGAGUAUACCAAAAGUUCCAGGAGUUGAAUGGCACGGUAGACAACUUAUCAAGAGAAUGUGAAAUUUUGAAGCAGCGAAUGGUGGAAAAGAUUAAAAAAAUCACUGAAAAGGAAACAAUGGAGAGGAUCAAACCUACUCAGCUCAGCCCAUAUGUUUCAAAUGGAUCAUCAACCAUAACACUAGAAAUGGCUGAUCGCUGUGCCAAAGCAGUUUUUGUCAACAAUGAUGUCGAUAUCAAGGACAACACCGAGAAAUUGAGUUCUGUUAAUCAGAAAGUCAGCUCGAUCGAAAACAAACCGCGGUUUUCUUGCGAGAUUUGUGGCCAUGGAAAUCUUUUGAAAAAUAGUCUAAUCUCACACAUGAGAAAGAAGCACUUCUUGACGAGUCGUGGUAGGCCCAUUGGGGAAAAUCGUCCUCAGGUGGAAAAAGAAUUCUGGUGCACUCACUGCAAAAACAAGAAUUUUGUACAUGCUAAAACGUGUGCAAAACAUGAAUCAGUUUGUGUUCAAAAGCCAAAGCCCACAACCGCUUCCGCGACAAUGGAAUCAUCUUCAGUUCAAGAAUCCGGGAAACUGGACCCAUCGAUUUCUUUAGCUACAGCUGAUGAGUUUACUGAUGGGCCCACAAAUUAACUACUCUGAUGCGUCACGUUGAAAAGUUCCACUACGCUCAGUAAUACCGGCGAAAGAAACUCCGCUUGUAUGAUAUCUCAGUUACCAUCUUUUCAUUAAUCGUAUGUGCUUUUCAUCCGGAAAAUUAAGAAAGAAUUUUUCUGUUUUAUUACCACAACUUUUCAAACAUUUUAAUUUAAUUUGCUUCUCUUCACUUAAUGUUUUUUUUCCCUUUUACUAUAUGUCGUGUGUGUUCGUUUAGCGACGGGCACAAGUUAAUUUGGAUAUUUUACGUGUGUGUACUGUGUACCUUGAAAAAGAAAAGUCAUCCUAAACAAUCUUUACGUUCAAACAUGCCCACCAUCAGAUGCUCUGCUGGACAAUACAAAAUGUAAUGUCUGGGAUCGAUCUACCCUGAGAA